AUGACCAAGAAACGAGGCUCUAAGGCAGCAAUUUCUUCCACACCAACCAGCAAACCGCUUCAUAUUAUUGACCCUCGUCCAAGUACCAUUGCAACUGAUGAACAGAUGAGAGCAUUAAGAUCCGAAGGUGAGCUUUAUUAUUGGGGAAAGGUAGAACCGGCACAAAGGUUUGACUUGCCUAACACCAAUUUCGGGCUGUUAAGGGAUCCGACUUUACCAAAGUAUGAGGAUAUUGCAAUAGAACUCUAUAAUUUGAAGAACCCAACCAAAAAGACUGAAGUGAUCAAAGAGCCCACCCAACUCUCCUCUCCAAGCAAUGAAAUAUUGGAGGAUCAUGUUAGACGCAACAAGGAAUUUGCACUUAAAACUUUGAAGGAGAAUCAAGAAUACAAGACUAAAUUGCAGCAGAAGAAUGAAGAAUUAGAACAACUCACAAAGAAAAUGGAAGACCGUUUUGCAGUUAUUACAGCAAGCUUGGAACAACAUAGGUGUGUUAUUGAAAACCUGACAGAGGAGAACAACAUUUGA